CGCGAAUCUCCAUGGCCUGGGAGAGAUCGUCAUAGGUGUUGGCACUUGGCACAUGGGCAGUCGUACGAAAAUACGGUCCCCACCACACAGUCAAGAUAAUUCUCGAUUUCUUCGACGUUGAAUUAAGGUGUCCAGAGGCGCUCACUCCUCAGGUCACUGAUGCACCUCCUCAGCCCUGCCUCCUUAUAUCCAGUCAAUGUUACAAUGAACUAGCGACAAGUUCGAGCGGACCCGCAGAUCCGGUUGACGCUUCUAACCAAGAACUUCAGUGGCGCGCUGCCUACGUAACCGACAACAAUGAAGGCCAGUCCGGUGCUUACCACCCGCAGCACACUGACACAUUCCAAUGGUGUCCAUGCCGUGCGCUCCGUCAUUCUUGGGCUCGCGCGGGCCUUUUCCCUAACCUUUUCGACGGCCGAUGCAGCGCCGCUGAGCGCUUGGGAACUGUAUCGCCAUGACGAGCCCGAGGCCGAAGGUGCGAGUCUCUGGGUUCUCUACGCGACCGCCGCGCUCCUCGUUCUUCUAGGCGGCGCGUUUGCUGGUCUGACCAUUGCGUUGAUGGGCCAGGAUGGAAUCUAUCUUCAAGUUAUGGCAGGAGACCCUAGUGAGCCGCAACAAAAGAAUGCCAAAAGAGUCCAUGAACUGCUUAAAAAGGGCAAGCACUGGGUGUUGGUCACGUUGCUACUGGCCAAUGUAAUCGUCAACGAAACCCUCCCCGUCGUCCUCGACCGAACUCUUGGCGGCGGUGUUGCUGCCGUAGUGGGCUCGACUUUUCUGAUCGUGAUAUUCGGCGAGGUCCUCCCUCAAUCCAUCUGUGUGCGGUACGGUCUCCCAAUCGGCGGCUACAUGUCCAAACCGGUCCUCGUCCUCAUGUAUCUGUUGGCACCUAUUGCCUGGCCGACAGCGAAGCUGCUCGACAAGCUCCUUGGAGAAGAUCAUGGCACGGUCUACAAAAAGAGUGGACUAAAGACUCUCGUCACCCUGCACAAGAGCCUCGGAGAGGUGUCUCAGCGGCUGAACCAGGACGAGGUCACAAUCAUCAGCGCGGUCCUGGACUUGAAGGAAAAGCCGGUCGCGAAUGUGAUGACUCCAAUGGCCGACGUUUUCGUCAUGUCCGAGGACACUGUUCUGGACGAAGAGACAAUGGACAUGAUUCUGACUGCAGGCUACUCGAGAAUCCCGAUUCACGAAACCGGCAACCCGACCAACUUUGUUGGCAUGCUACUGGUCAAAAUCUUGAUCACUUACGAUCCCGAGGACUGCAAACUUGUCCGGGAUUUCCCACUGGCCACGCUUCCAGAAACCCGCCCGGAGACCAGUUGCUUGGACAUUGUGAACUUCUUCCAGGAGGGCAAAUCCCACAUGGUGCUCGUUUCAGAAUACCCGGGGGAGGACCAUGGAGCCCUUGGUGUCGUCACUCUUGAGGAUGUUAUUGAAGAGCUCAUUGGAGAGGAAAUCAUCGACGAGUCGGACGUCUAUAUCGAUGUCCAUAAGGCUAUCCGCCGCCUCACGCCGGCCCCAAAGGUAAGGGUCCAACGCAAACAGUCAGAAGACCCAGCCGGCAGGGCUGGUGAUUAUGGACCGGAUCCAGACGUUGUCGACGCCUCAAGUAACCAUACGCGCCGAGCGAAUGAAACCCCUGGCACGCCAAGCCACGACGCAUCUAUUCUCUCCAGCAGCCCGAAGACGGCAACACUCAUAAUGCGGAGAAGCUCGGCCGGUGUGGACGGCCAGUUCUUCAGGACGACCGUUCCCGUACGGGGCAACUUUGAAGACAUCAGGGAGCACCUCAAACAUCUGGGUCCUUCUAACCGGGCAAAUAAUCCUAAAAAGACACAGUCAACUACCAUCAAAGUCAAGCCUGGGACCGGCACACAUCAGGCGCCACCACGCGCUGCCUCCGCAUCUGAACCAAUAAUUCAGGAGUCACAGUUGGCGGAGCAUGAGGAGGAAGAGGGGGAUGAGACCACAAGGCUGCUUAGGCCGGAAGCCACCAGUAAAGACGGAUUACAGGUGCCAGGGAAGAGUUACGGGUCUGUCAGCCCAGUCCUGACGGUGCAGAUGGCAUCACAAGGCAAUGGGGUGUUCCCACUGGCGCUAAACAAGCCCGAUCAAGCGGAACAGGCGGUGCAGGUUUUGGCCAAAACUAACCAGAUGGAACCAAGCGAUGUCGCAGCAGCGUCUGCUGCCGGUCAUCAACGCGGUAGCUCAAGCGGCGAGAGCGGACACAGUCUUUGGGCAGAACAAAACAAUCAUGGCGGCACCCACAACAACGGCCGCGGCUUGCAGCGGCCGAAUGUGCGCAGCGGGAGCAUCACGGAGAAUGUUAUCGAGUCCCGCGGGCUGCGUAAGGUGGUGCUCGAGACCACCAGCUCCAACGAUGACGACGACUUUGCGGUUGGCCCGGCCUCGCCCGAGCAGCAGCCCAAGCCGUUAGGCAAGUCCUUUACUGGAUUUUUCGCCAGGGAUGAGGCUUCAAAAGAUCGGGCUGGGGAGUCUGAGGAUGAGGAAGCGCUGGGCUCUGGCCGGGAUGAAGGCGACAGUUCUAAGGAGGCUGCCGCCCCCGCGGUGAGCGGCACCGGAGGCGGCGGCGGGGGCAAGAAGAAGAACAGGCGCAGAAAACGCAAGGGAGGCAAAUAAGUUGCUUCUUUCCAGAGGUUGUCUUGGACUAAUUUUGUAAAAGUAUGACAUGGGCCUGGUGAACUGGGCUGGUAGACGUGAUUCUGGUUAUGUCCUUGUACCCGGGCAGCAGGGAUUUGGGAUGGUAUUAGGGGGCAUUACAGGCUGGGGAUUGGUGUGGUUAAUAGGAGCAUGCAGUUUUGCGAUGAAUUGGAAGAGGCUCUUGAGGGGCUGAAGGUGGCAUGUAUUAUACAUUUUCAUGCUUUAAUGGUGUUCUGGUUAUGGACGGAAUUUAAUUAUCAUACCUUAUGUGGUUCUCCGAUAUCAGUGAUAGCAAAUGCCUUGGUGAUGGACGUAC